AUGGAAUCGAAUGUGGUUUGUGAGUGUGACGGAGACGCGGAGACGAAAAAGGGAAAGAACACGUCGCCGGUCACCGUCGUUCUCAAAGUGGAUAUGCACUGCGAUGGGUGUGUAGCGAGGAUUCUGAAAUCCGCUCGUGGUUUGAAAGGAGUUGAAACAGUGAGAGCAGAUCCUGUUACGAGAAAGCUGACUCUGAUUGGAUUCAUGGACCCAGUGAAGACUACAGAGAAACUCCAGAGCAAGAGCAAGAAGACGAUUGAGCUCAUAUCUCCAAAACCAAAGAAAGAAGCUAAAGUUAACAAUGACGCAAAGGCUGAUAACAAAAAUGUUACUAUGGUUGCUGUGACCACAGUGAUACUGAAGCUGAAUUGCACAUGUGAUGGAUGCGUCAAGAGGAUUCAGAAGACUGUCUCUAAGACCAAAGGAGUCUAUCAAGUCAAAAUGGACAAGGAGAAGCAAACGCUGACAGUCACAGGAACGAUGGAGGUUAAGUCUGUGACUGAGAAUCUGAAACGGAAGCUGAAGAAAACCGUCAAAGUCUUGCCUGAGAAGAAGAACAAGAAGAAGGAGAAUGAAGAAGGAAUCACCAAAGUCGGGUCACCGGGUCUACCACCUGGGUAUGGUUUCACUCCUGGGUUUGGGCCCUACGGUUGCAUUGGAGGCCCAAUGUCGGAGUUUUUCAGCGAGGAGAAUCCAAACGUUUGCUGCGUUAUGUGA